UCUCUCCUCUCUGCAAAAGCCCCAGCUGGAGAAUAAUAACAAUUGAUGAGUACGGAAAACACGCGAAACGUUUCGUGUUCGUAACCACGCGCUCGUGUAUUUUUAUUUCUAUUAAAUGCGAAUGUUUUUUUUUAUCCACGUUUUGCCGUUUACGAUAACAAUCGCGUCCACGAAACGAAAAAAGCAAAGAAAGACGUGUGUGACCACUGCAGAGAAAAAAGUUUCACUUCCCGAACAACAUCGCGGUUAAAAUCUCAUUGUCGUGUGUGAGUCUCCUCGAGACGGUGUGUGUUCGAGAAACGCGAGAGAGACACUUUGCGUACUUUUUGCUCACAGGCAUAGAGGAGCACGGGAGAGGGGAACUUUAUAAUCCUUCGAAAUAUGGCGUCUACACACACGGGGAUUUACAAAUACGAAAUUUGUGGCUAGCGGUCCCCGGGCUAUGGAAAGUAUGGUCGAAGAGAACGGAUCGGCUGUUGACUCACUGUCGCCAGGCUCACAGAGCGGCGACGCAGCACCUGCCUUAGGAACAUCGGUACAGUCACUCAAUAGAAAUCAUCAGCAGCAUACUCACCAUCUGGUAGCAUCAACCAGCAUUGUCCAACUUACUCUACCUGCGUCAGGGACCGCUCAGGUGCAAUCCGUAAUCCAGCCAAAUCACCAAUCUGUAAUUCAGAGCGCAACAAAUAUUCAACCGGUCGCAUUAUCCAAAGGAAAUGUUAUUCUUGUCAGUAAGCAGAAUUCAGUCAUACAAUCGGCACAAGGGAGUUUGCAGACUCUGCAGGUCGUUGAAACCGGAAGCGAUGACAGUUUUUCAGACGACGAAUCGCCGAAAAAGAGAAGAGAUCUCCUGACGAGACGAGCGUCGUACAGGAAAAUACUCAAUGAUUUAAGUGCAAGCGAAAUCGCAGCGGGUCAUUUGCCUCCUAUAGAAUCCUCAUUAGAGUGCGACUCUAACGUGGACAGUGACAUGUCUUCCCACUCGCUUCAUUACCAAACAGUCAUACCUGCGGGAACUAUACAAAUAGCGACCCAGGGUGAGGGUGUACCAGGGCUUCACACACUAACUAUGAGCAAUGCAACAACGGCGGGCGGAGCUAUAGUACAGUAUGCACAGGGCCAGGACACGCAAUUUUUUGUCCCAGCUUACACAGGACACGGUGUCGUAGUUGAGGACGCUGCCAGAAAACGGGAAAUGAGGUUGCAGAAGAACAGGGAAGCAGCCCGCGAGUGUCGAAGAAAAAAAAAGGAGUACAUAAAAUGUUUAGAGAAUCGUGUGGCAGUACUUGAAAACAGAAAUCAGACGCUCAUCGACGAGCUCAAGUCAUUGAAGGAAUUGUAUCAGCAGAAAACCGACUGAGCUGAGAGCGACGAUUGAAUUGGAUAACGCUUGAGAAACCAAUUUAAUCACUCGUUACGAUUGAUUUUUGGGAAUGUACAUUCGUCUCGAUUUGUACAAAGCGAUCAAUUAAUAUCGCCAUAUAUAUAUGAAUAUAUAUAUAUAAUUUUAUGCAUGGAUGUAUGUAUGCAAUUAUGUAUACAUAUAUAUAUAUGUAUGGAUAUAUAUAUAUAUACAUAUUUCUUUUCGACAUUGUCGUUGAGAAAUUAAGGGAAAAAAUAACGAGGAUUUAGGAUAAUGAAGAAGAAGGAACCAUCCAACGACAAUUGUUUUACGUGUAAAUGCAUUCGUAAAUUAAGAUAAGUGUCCUCUGUAUAAUAUUGUAUUUAUGUACGAAAAUAACGGCAAAAGGCUUGUGAAAA